CAACUUUGACAAUUUAGUAGAUAGACAAACUAUAAAUAUCUUCAAGAACAGAAAGCAGAAGCACUUGGAAUUCCUUGUAAACCAUCAUCUACAGAAAAUGGAAGAAACAACAAUCACUUUUGGGUCUAAGAGGAUUGCAGUUGUAACUGGAGGCAACAAAGGGAUUGGACUUGAGAUAAGCAGGCAAUUAGGUUCUAAUGGAGUUGGGGUGAUAUUAACUGCAAGAGAUGAGAAGAGGGGCACAGAAGCUGUUGAGAAGCUAAAGGCUUCUGGCUUCUCUGAUGUGGUCUUUCAUCAGCUGGAUGUCACUGACCAAACUAGCAUUGCUUCUCUGGCUGAUUUUCUCCAAACUCAGUUUGGAAAGCUUGACAUAUUGGUCAAUAAUGCAGGAGUUAUUGGAUCUUUAUUCCUCACUGAUGACAAAGAGAAGUUGGCAAUUAGGCCUGAGGAUCUUAUAGGUCCCAAUGGUAUCAAGAACGAAUAUGUAAAGCAAACCUACGAGACAGCAGGGGAUUGCUUCAAAACAAACUACUAUGGAAUUAAGCAUCUCACAAAAGCACUUAUUCCACUUCUUCAAAAAUCCGACUCGGCAAGGGUAGUCAAUGUCUCCUCUGCGUUGGGACAACUAAGAGUUAUUCCAAAUGAGGAAGCCAAGAAGGAGCUAGGAGACAGUGAUAGCCUCACAGAAGAGAAAGUGGACAACUUAGUUGAGGGAUUUUUGGAGGAUGUGAAGCACAAUUUGAUUGAAGCCAAAAGCUGGCCUAUUAAUCAAUCUGCCUACAUUGUAUCCAAAGCAGCUCUUAAUGCUUAUACCAGAGUCUUGGCUACAAAGUAUCCUAGCAUUGCCAUUAACGCAGUCAGUCCUGGUUUUACCGCCACAGACAUGAACAAUUAUACCGGUAUCCUCACAGCUGAAGAAGCUGCUAAAGGUCCGGUGAAGGCGGCCUUGUUGCCGGAUAUUAGAGUUUCUGGCUGCUACUUUGAACAGACUGAAUUGUCAACCUUUGAAUGAAAAUCUGAGAUGUAAAAUGAUAUAAUUGUUUGCUUUUAAUAUACCUAUGCACAUUGUGACAUGUACGUGUGUAUGCACAAUGUGUUUUGAACAAUAAAUUUUAGUUCUAAUAAAGGUUUCAAUUUCCAGA